AACCAGAAAGGGGGCGGUGCCUGCUUCAGAUCCUCUUCCUGAAAGUCCCUCUGUGCACUAGCUGGGACCCGCAUCUUGCUGUGCUUCUCCCUGUGACUCCUGAAAGAAAAUUGAGUUUCUGUUGCCGUCAUUAAAGGCUCCAGAACAAAAGUGAAAAGAUGGCUGACCUCAAGCAGCUCAUGGACCAUGAAGUCUUGAUGGCAUUUGCCUCCUAUGCUACCAUCAUCCUUUGUAAGAUGAUGCUCUUGAGCCCUGCAACAGCGUUCCAGAGAUUGACAAAAAAGGUUUUUGCCAACCCAGAAGACACUGCAGGCUUUGGUAAGGGAGAGAAUGCCAAGAAGUUUCUUCGAACAGAUGACAGGGUGGAACGCGUGCGAAGAGCUCACCUCAAUGACCUUGAAAACAUCGUUCCCUUUCUUGGUAUCGGCCUCCUGUAUUCCUUGAGUGGUCCAGAUCUCUCUACAGCCCUAAUGCACUUCAGAAUCUUUUUGGGAGCUCGGAUCUACCACACUAUUGCAUAUUUGACUCCUCUUCCCCAGCCAAACAGAGCCUUGGCAUUUAUUAUUGGCUAUGGAGUUACUUUGUCGAUGGCCUACAGGCUGCUAAGAAGUAGAUUGUACCUGUAAAGGCAGUUGUAUCAUCCAACUGGUUUUUAAGAAUUCUGUUUUUCCAAUAUAUAAGGAAAAAUUCCUAAGGUUUUAGGUUAGGAGGGGAGCAGUGAAAUUCAGAAUUGGGGAAACCAGUUUUAAAGAUUAGCAUCAUUCAGAACCCCUUGUUUGUAUUUGGGUUAGAAAUUUAAUGUAAUCAACCUUAAGUAUCUUGUCUGAUUUCUAAAGUACUUUGUUAUAAGUCUUGAUCAAGUUAUAAUUUGUAACAUUUAUUAAAUUUCAUAUUGCAAAUCUA